UUAUUGAACCAAAUUAUGCAUUACUAUCAUUAAAACCAUUCUUACCAUGAAAUCUUUAAUAUUUCUAGUUCUCUCAGUAAGCCUUGCUUAUGGAGCAAGAGUAUUUACUCAACGAAAUGUUCAUCCAUUAUCUGAUGAGAUGAUUGAUCGAAUCAACUCUAUUGGAACAACUUGGAAGGCUGGACGUAACUUUGAUGAAGCUUCAUUACCAUAUGUUAAGAGACUUUUAGGAGCUAAAAGAGGUUCAUCCAAAAAGCUGAGACAAGUUCAUCACGAAAUCAAUGAAGAGUUGCCUGAAAGUUUUGAUGCUCGUGCAGCUUGGCCCAACUGUACACUAAUCAAAACAAUAAGAGACCAAGGAAACUGUGGAAGCGGUUGGGCUUUUAGCUCAGUCGAAGCUAUGUCUGAUCGUAUUUGUAUCGCCUCUCAUGGUGAACUUCAAGUAUCAUUAUCAGCACAAGAAAUUGUUGCUUGUUCUAAUCUCGGUGGCUGUGAUCAAGGAUUACAAGUAGCCGUUUAUAUCUAUUAUGCAACUGAAGGUAUUGUUACUGGUGGUUCUUAUCAUGGUGAUGGUUGUAUGCCUUACGAUUUCGAACCUUGUAUGCAUGGUAUUGAAGGACCCAUCCCAACUUGUCCUCAAUCUCCUAUACCAACACCAUCAUGUUCAAAGAAAUGUGCCGCUGAUUAUGAGAAAACAUUUGAAGAGGAUAAACACUAUGGACUGACUCCUUAUGUUGUUUCAUCAGAUCCAAAGCAAAUCAUGAAGGAAAUCAUGACAAAUGGCCCGAUUUCUAGUGGUAUCACUGUGUAUGCUGAUUUCCUUAAUUAUAAGUCAGGAGUUUAUCAAAAGACUACUGACCAUUCGCUUGGGGCUCAAGGUGUUAAGAUAAUUGGUUGGGGAACUGAGAAUGGCGUUGAUUACUGGUUAGUUGCAAACUCCUGGAACGAGUAUUGGGGCGAUAAAGGUUUCUUUAAGAUCAGACGAGGAAAUAAUGAAUGUUACAUUGAAAGUGAUAUCAUUUCAGGAUUACCGAGACUUUAAGCAGUGUCGCUAAAUUGCCUGGAAGUUCAGUGCACUAUAUCCGAUUUGUAAAAGUUACAAUAAAGUUGUUAGCAUAUUUUUUUAU